AUGACCAACUCCUGCUGCUCCCCUUGCUGCCAGCCUACUUGCUGUGGGACCACCUGCUGCAGGACCACCUGCUGCAAGCCAACAUAUGUGACCAGCUGCUGCCAACCCAGCUGCUGUGAAACAACCUGGUGUAAGCCAACUUGUGUGACCAGCUGCUGGCAGCCCUGCUGCCAACCCAGCUGCUGUGAAACAACCUGCUGCAGGACCACCUGCUGUAAGCCAACCUGUGUGACCAGCUGCUGCCAGCCAUGCUGCCAGCCCAGCUGCUGUGAAACCACCUGCUGCAGGACCACGUGCUGUAAGCCAACCUGUGUUACCAGCUGCUGCCAGCCAUGCUGCAAACCCAGCUGCUGUGAAACCAACUGCUGCAGGACCACCUGCUGCAGGACCACCUGCUGUAAGCCAACAUAUCCAUGCUGCCAGCCCAGCUGCUGUGAAACCACCUGCUGCAGGACCACGUGCUGUAAGCCAACCUAUGUUACCAGCUGCUUCCAGCCCUGCUGCAAGCCCAGCUGCUGUGAAACCACCUGCUGCAGGACCACCUGCUGUAAGCCAACCUGUGUUACCAGCUGCUUCCAGCCCUGCUGCAAGCCCAGCUGCUGUGAAACCACCUGCUGCAGGACCACCUGCUUGUUGCAUGAUAAGAAACAUAAUAAUCCAGAUAUCUUUAUCCCAACUGCCUUGGAGACACAUGGGUGGAGGAGCAGACUUCCUAUGAGUGAUUAUGGAAGAAGAAUCAGAGUAAACUUUCCAAUGACGCAUAGCAUUGAGAAGCACUUCCUUAUGAAACAUAAAAUGAAUAUGGAAAAUGGUGGAAACAACAACAAGGAAGAGCCCUGCUGA